AGCACUGGCAUCAAGUUAAUCGGCAUCUGAAAUAGAAAAAAUAGGAUAGCACUUUGGCCUCAAGUCUCUUCCAGAACUGGAAUUAUUAGUCUGGGAAACUCCUGAAGUAGCCCCAUAGGGACAAAUUACGACUUGCUCAAGAAAGCAAAGCUGUUGCAUUCCUGGACAUGUCCUGACUUAUAUCAGGGACUUCAUCUGGACUGCACUACAUGCAAUGAAGUUUCAAAUAGUUUUUCAUCGGUCUUCUGGUGCAAGUUCACUUGCUCGUCUGUUCCGAGUAUUUUCUGCUUUUAACUCCAAUGUAUGUUCUCACUUGGCAAGAAUGUUUACACGAUGGCAGCAUCUGGUGGAAAGGCUUUGGGGUAUCAGGAGAAGAUACAGAAAAUCUCCUGGGCAGAACAACAGAUCAUUGCUUUUCAAGAUGGAGAACUCCGAGAACAUUAGCAUGAUCUCCCAAGGCAUAAGACGUCGUGUCGUGUCAAAAAAUGGCCAUAACAAUGUGAAGAUUGACCAAGUGGAUGGCUGGGCUUUCCUCUACCUACAGGACCUCUGGACCACUGUCAUUGACAUGAAAUGGCGCUAUAAACUAACUCUCUUCACUGCAACAUUUGUGAUGACCUGGUUUCUUUUUGGGAUUCUCUGGUAUGCCAUUGCAUUCGUUCAUGGAGAUUUAGAGUUACUUCAUCCGCCAGCUAACCACACACCAUGCGUUGUGAAUAUUGAGACCUUAACAGGAGCGUUCCUAUUUUCUCUUGAGUCCCAGACAACCAUCGGCUAUGGCUUCCGGUGUAUUACAGAGGAGUGCCCCUUUGCUAUUAUCCUGCUAAUCACUCAACUGGUCAUCACCACACUGGCAGAGAUCUUUGUUACGGGCACUUUUCUGGCUAAGAUUGCAAGACCAAAAAAGCGCUCUGAGACCAUCAGGUUUAGCUAUCAUGCUGCCGUUGCCAUACGGGACAACAAACUCUGUCUCAUGCUUCGUGUGGCAAACAUGAGGAAGAGUCUUCUGCUCCAGUAGCUUUCUGGGAAAUUCCUGCAUAACCACAUCACAGAGGAAGGAGAGACCAUCAAACUCAGGCAGGAACAUGUGAAUUUUCAGGUGGACACUGGCUCCGUAAGUCCGUUCCUCAUCUUUCCUUUGACUUUUUAUCACAUAAUUGAUGAGAAAAGCCCUCUGAACAGGUAUACAUCAGCUAAUCUGAGGAAUAAGGACUUUGAGUUGGUUGUCAUUUUAAAUGCCACCGUAGAGUCAACAGGUGCUGCCUGCCAGAUCAGAACCUCUUAUGUUGCAGAGGAAAUACUCUGGGGCUAUGAAUUUUAUGCCUCUUGUCACUGUCCCCUGGUGGGAAAAUACUUGGUGGACUUCAGUUUCUUCGAUAAGCUCAGGAAGAGCUCAAAUCCUUACUUUGCCUCCAACGUACUUGGAUAUGGGGACAUUGAUAAGCUAAAGCUUGAAGAACAAUAUCGAGAGGAUGAACAGAAACAACUUGAUCAGUCGGAUCCAAACUGUUCAUAGCAAUGUCUAACAAUGUCUUGAGACCCAAGGUGACAUAGAUAAUUCCAGUGCUUUUGAAUGUUUUAUAAUCAAUGCACAUCUGUUUGGUACAUAAUAGGCAUUCAGUAAGGCCACACAUUAAAAAAAGCCUUUAGUUAAGCCAAUAAGCCAAUAUCAGAAGGUUCCCAAUGGUUUUAUGUAACAAAAUCAACAUUAGUAAAAACAUUAAGGGGAAAAAAUGCUAGUGUUUUCAUUUGAUUGUUUGCUUUGUUAAAAUUUAAUGAUGUAACUUCUCAAGCAGCACCUUUUAGAUGCUACAAUGGUUAUUGCUCCUCAGAACUUGUCUCUUAUUCCUUCUGAUCUUUAUGUAAGCCAUGGUACCUACUGUUUUCCUAAUUGUUGCAUCCUUUGUUGAAAUCGAGACUUUCAGCUUGUUCCUCGCUGCUCAAAGCUGCAAUCAUCUCCCUUCCUCACUCUUGGCCUGGCUAUACAAUCCACCUUUUAAACCCGCAGUCAGAAGUACUUAACCAGGUGCUGCCCAAUAGGAAUCACAGACUGAUCAUAGAAUUAUAGAAUCGUACAUCAGAGCAACAGGCCCUUCGGCCCAUUAUGUCCAUGGUUACCAUCAAGUAUCUAUCUAAACUAAACCUAUUUACUGUCACUUGGUCCAUAUCUUCUAUGCCUUUAUAGGCAUGGCUAAGGUUUUAUUGGCCUCUACUCCAUCAAUUUUCAUAAAAUAAUUUAAUAUAUUAGUACAGGUAAUGUACAUCACGGAAAAAAAACAUUUAGUGCAAAACAUUGCUGUCUUCCUGUCUUACCAAAGUUUGGUAUAGGGCAUGGACUUAUCAGACACAGAGGUCUCUUUCUGCUGCUUCUACCUCUUCGCCCAACAAGGUUAACAGCAGAAUAAAAUGAUGACUUGCACAAAUAAGACUUACAAAAUCUGUCCAGACCCAUACGGACUCUCAAUCCAGACACUGCCUCACCCAACUCUCUCUCUGGAUCAGCCUCCUGCUUUCCUACCACACCCAUCUUUUUGAAAUCUUCCUUUCAAACUCUAGACUUGUCCAAGCCCACAAUCUGGUCUCCUACCACACCUCCCCCUGUACUCCCUCCAGACCAGCUAUACUAUCCAUUCAUACCCUGGUUGCUUUUUACUAUGAACUUUAAAGUCUGUUUACUUUGGGACAGGGUUUUGUUUUUUAUUGGUGCCAAGUAAUUUAUUCCCGUUAGUUAAGCUAACAACCAUUACAUCUAUCCUCUCCAUACUAUGUCUCUGGUGCUGAAGCCCAUCAUUUUCACUUACGCCAGUACAAUUUUUGCAGAGUGCCAGGUAAUUUGUGCAAAUUGUUGCAACUCCAGUUUUAGAGUCAUAGAGUAGUGCAGCAUGGAUGCAGGCCCUUUGGCCCAACUCAUCCAUGCUGACCAUCAUGCUCACCAAGCUAGUCCCAUUUGCCCAUAUUUGGCCCAUAUCCCUCUAAACCCCUCCUAUCAAUGUACUUCUCCAAAUGUCUUUUAAAUGUUGUAUUGUACCUGCCUCAAACACUGUCUCUGGCAGCUCAUUCUAUAUACACACCACCCUCUGUGUGAAGAGGUUGCCCCUCAGGUCCCACUUAAAAUUUUCCCCUCUCAUCUUAAACCUAUGCACUCUAGCAUUUAGUUCGCCUGCCCUGGGAAAAAAGACUAUCUGCGUUCACCCUAUCUAUACCCCUCAGGAUUUCAUACACCUCUAUAAGGUCACCCCUUAAUCUCCUACAUUCCAAGGAAUAAAGUCGUUGUAAAUCUUCUCUGUACUCUUUCCAGUUCAGUGACAUCUUUCCUACAACAGAACAACCAAAACUGUAGACAAUACUCCAGGUGCGGCCUCACCAACGUCUUGUACAACUGCAACCUUACAUCCCAAUUCCUAUACUCUGGUAAAGGCCAGCGUGCCAAAUGCCUUCUUCAUCACCCAGUCUACCUGUGACGCCUAGGGAUCUAGGAGUACCCAUGUACUUGUACUCCUAGAUCCCUCUGUUCCACUUUCUAGGAUCUGAGAUCUGGGAUUCCUAUGCUCUUCUCUUUGUCUCACAGUCAGAAGGGCCCGGGAGGCAAUAGAAUGUAGCUGGUACACUGUGAUGGGAGCAAUACACAAAAAGUGCUGGAGGAACUCAUCAGGUUAGGCAGCAUCCACGG